UGGGUUUCAGAUGUUUUUUUUUUUUAAAUUAAUGGGCCGAGUUCUGUGAUUCGCAGCUCAAUCAACCAAGAAUAAUUAUAUACCAUUUCGGUGUUCAUUGUUGCUAAGCAAAAUAAAGACAGAUGAAAUGGCCAAUCCUGCGAGCCUUCCCCUCCUUUUCCCCUCGCUACCUGCGUCCCUUCAUUCGCAUAUGUGCUCAACGAUCUGCUCUCACCACUGGCAAAAAACUCCAUGCCAUGGUCCUCACUACGGGCCUUUCUACAACUGAAAAUUCCUUUCUUCUCAACACCCUCCUCCACCUUUAUGCAUCUUGUGGUGAUAUAUCAUCUGCCCAGAAAUUGUUCGAUGAAAUUCCCCACUCGAGCAAGGAUGCUGCUGACUGGACUUCCCUCAUGUCUUCCUUUUCUCGCCAAAAUAGGCCUCAUGAUUCUUUACUUUUGUUUGCUCAAAUGCUUGAAAAAGGUGCUGAAAUUGAUGAUGUGGCGAUGGUUUGCUUGUUUAGUGCGUGUGCAUGGUUGCGGGAUGUUGGGGUGGGGAGUCAGGGUCAUGGACGUGUGGUGAAGAUGGGUUUCGAAAGGAGGGUGAAAGUGUGUAAUGCGCUGAUGGAUAUGUAUGGCAAGUCUGGGAUGGUGGAAGAGAUGAGAAGUGUUUUCAGUGAGAUGAAGGAGAAGAAUGUUGUAUCAUGGACCGUGGUUUUGGAUGGGGUGUUGAAGUGGGAGGGUGUAAGUAAUGGAAGGGAGGUGUUCGAUGAUAUGCCACAUUGCAACGAAGUUGCAUGGACAAUAAUGAUUGUUGGUUAUGUAGGGAAUGGAUUUAGCAAGGAAGGCUUUUUGCUUUUGAGCCAGAUAGUGUUUCAUUUGGGUAUUAAAUUGAAUUAUAUAACACUUUGUUCUUUAUUGUCAGCUUGUGCACAGUCUGGAGAUGUGGCGAUGGGUAGAUGGGUUCAUGUUUAUGGCUUGAAGAUGAUGGGGAUGGAGAUGGACAUCAUGGUGGAAACUGCCUUGUUGGAUAUGUAUGCCAAAUGUGGCAGGAUAGAUACUGCAGUCAAAGUUUUCGAGUGCAUGCCUCGAAGGAAUGUGGUGUCAUGGAAUGCUCUUCUUAGCGGGUUAGCUAUGCACGGAAGAGGUCAACUUGUGAUCAAUAUGUUCCCAAGGAUGAUCAAGGAAGUUUUGCCAGAUGAUUUAACCUUUAUCGCUAUUCUAAUUGCUUGCAGCCAUUCUGGUAUGAUAGAUCAAGGAUCAUAUUAUUUUAAUAGUCUCCAAUCUGUGUAUGGUAUAACACCUAAGAUCGAUCACUAUGCUUGUAUGGUGGAUCUACUUGGAAGGGCCGGCCGUUUGGAGGAAGCUGAGACAUUGAUAAACAAAAUGCCAAUACCUCCAAAUGAGGUUGUUUUGGGAUCUCUUCUGGGUUCCUGCAAUUCACAUGGAAAGCUACAAUUAGCCGAACGCCUUCUUCAAAAGCUCAUUCUGAUGAAUCCUUGUAACACAGAAUAUCAUAUCCUGGUUUCAAAUAUGUAUGCAUUGGCAGGUAAGCCAGACAAAGCUAAUGCCCUUCGGAAAGUUCUUAAAACUAAAGGAAUUAGUAAGGUUCCUGGAAUGAGUUCUAUCCAUGUAGAUGGCCAACUUCAUCAGUUCAGUGCAGGUGAUAAAUCACACCCGAAAACCCGGGAAAUUUAUAUCAUGUUAGAAGAUAUGAUUCAAAGGUUACAAUCAGCCGGUUAUGUUCCGAAUCUGUCUGCACAAGUGUUUCCUGGGGACGAUGUUGGGGUCGAGUUGGAGAAGGAGCAGGCAUUGUUUUCGCACAGCGAGAAGCUGGCAGUCUGUUUCGGACUUCUAAGCACAAAACCUGGUAAGCCUCUGUAUAUUUUCAAGAACAUACGCAUAUGCCGUGACUGUCAUGCUGCCAUUAAGAUUGUUUCCAAGAUAUACGAUCGGGAAAUCAUAGUCCGAGAUCGGAACCGGUUUCAUUGUUUUAAGCAGGGAUCAUGUUCUUGUUCUGAUUUCUGGUGACCAUUGCAUUGAGUGAAACUAACUUCUAAAUUAGGCUUAAACAUUUAGUCCUUGGACCUGUACCAUGCCAAAAAUAUUGCUCUUUCUGUCCCCCCCAAUACAAAGAUGUAUAUAUUCCAA